UUGCGACAUUCUUUCCUUAAUCGCCGCGGCAAAAAUCUCGGCCGCGAUUCCCUCUCGCCCGUGGUUUUAAUCUAUGAUCUGUACUACUCGCUAGUCGCUAUUCCAUUCGCCGUGCCGGUGGAGGCUCGUCAUGGCCAGGAUACGGACGGGUCGAUCCCUGCGCCGGCGGCGGCGGUCAUCCCCCAGCGACGACCGGAUGAGUGCCCUCCCCGACGACCUCCUGCUCCUCGUCCUGCGCCGUCUCGACGCCCGCUCGGCGCUCGGCACCGCGCUGCUGUCGACGCGCUGGGCCCGUCUCCACCGCGAGCUCCCCGUCCUCGACUUCCGGGUCGGCAGCAUGCUCCCGCCGCGCUACCACAGACUGGUCCUUCUCCUUGACGACAUGGACAUAAAGGGGGCUUAUCUUCGGUUCAAAAGAAGGUGCGAGCUCAUGCCAAAAGUCAGGAGGUACGAGCGCGGUGCCAUGCGCGCACUAAGCCGCUCCAUCGAGAGCUUCUUGGACGACGAGGUCGUCCGAGGAGUUCGCCGUAGCGUGAGCAGGCUGAGGCUCGAGUUCUUCAUCAACCACAACCCCGGCUGCAUGAACAGGCUGAUCGCCAAGUCCAUCGACGAUUGGGGGGUCAGCGACCUGGAGGCUGUCGCCAAGCCGAUCUACUUCGAAGAUUCCAUCCACACCUUCCCCAGCCACGGCCUCUGCCACGAUCCUCGCGCAGAGAUCGAGGGACCUGUGACCAACACGUCGUGCCUGCGGAGCCUCAAGCUUGUAGGCUGCGCGCUCCCGCCGCUGCACGAGUUCAGCGCGCUCACCAUGCUCGUCCUGCAAGACAUUACGGGUUCGACGUCCAAGGCCGCCUACGAGGGCGUCUUCACCAUGUGCUCUCAGCUGCAGGUGCUGCAACUCAAGUCCUGCGAUUGCCGCUGGGAGGACAGGGACCUGGUGGUGGACGCCCCCAGCUCGCACAUCAGGGAGCUCGUCUUUGACAAGUGCACGUUGGGACGGGUGCUGAUGAGGGCUCUUCCUAACCUCGAGAGCCUAGCCUCCCGGGACACCGAUGCCAUGCUACAAUUCGAUCAGUCCACCUCGUUUCCCAGCCUCAGGCAAUGCAACCACACCACUAGCGUCGGUCUCUUUCGCACAAGAAUGGGACGGCCGCGUGAAUACAUUGGGCACCAGCGUGAGCUUGGCUCAUUCCUUGGGCGCACGCCGUACAUAACCAACCUCAUCCUCCGGUUCACCGGACCAAGACGAUGGGUCGUGCCGUCACCGUCUGGCUCCUCGUCGCCCUUGCUGCCCAAGCUGAGGAAACUGCUCGCCGCCGACGUGCCUUCCUCCUGGGACGUCUCGUGGCCCCGUCUCCUCCUCGAGAUGGCGCCAUCCCUCGAGACCCUUCACAUCCACAUCGCCCCUUGCAGGGAGAGGGCCGGGUGUGUCAUACCAUGGGAGCCCACCAAGCUUCGGCGGCGUCACUUGAAGGAGUUCGUGGUGGUUGGUUUUCACGGAACGAAGAGGCAGAUUUCCUUUGUGAAGUUUGUCAUGGGAGUGUCGACAUCGUUGCGCCGUGUAGCCUUGUUCAGGAAUGGGCGUGCUGAGGAGGACAAGGGGCACUGGGACUGGGUGAUGGUAACGGAGCAGCACUCAUGGACCAACAGGCAGAAGAACGCUACGCAGAAGAAGAUUAUGGAUGGGGUUUCUUUCUCCCGCCGUCCUGCGCAAUUUGUGUUUGCUGAUCCCUUCCUAUAG